AUGUUUCCGUCUUACAUUCGUUUUCUCGCUUUUCUCGCAUUAGUCCCCCUUGUCCAGUCUUCUGGAUACAUAGAGAUCCAUCUGAAGAGUGCUUUCGCACUGAACAUGUCUAUCGAAGUGGCCGAGGAAGUAUAUUUCCCACAAAACAAGCAAGUUUACAACUUCCACCUCGAGGCGGACACUUUGAAAACGUUUUCGAACAUUCCUGCCAAGUUCGGAAGGCCCGGUCUUAUUGUGGUUCACAGUGGGCCAGUGCCGAAGUUCGGUAUCGCGGAUACCACGAUCUCAGUGACCAGAUGGAACACCGAACAGGACGUUAUCGUUUUGGAUGAAGUUCACCUUCCGUUCACCGGAUUUAGAGUCGAAAUCAAGUGCGAUCGGUUAGUUUUAGCAGCGAUACAUUCUUGUUUUCUAACUCUCUAAUCAUUUCAGACAUUGGUUCGGUUCCCUGUGCGACAAGCAAUGCAUCGGAGAAAUGGCUGCGAUCAUAGGACUCCGAUGCAAUUCUCACGGAAAUCCGGGAUGUGCCGAAGGAUGGUACGGCGAGAACUGCGACGAAACGAUUUCGAACAGUCUUCCGGAGUGCAUGUGCCAGAACGGAGGAGUCUGUGCUUCCGUCAAUUCGAUGAACGGAGACAGUAAGCUCAUUUGCGAGUGUCCGAUCAGAUUCGAGGGACCAAAGUGCGAAAAGGAAAGCUACAACUACGUGGACGACCUAGAAUUCUUCUUCGUGCAGGCAAAGAACGGUCAUGCUCUCUUCGAAGAGUUUUACAAUAACACCGACGUGCCGAAUGAACUGUACUAUUAG